AUGAAAUCCACUCUAUCAUGGCUGCUCUAUGCCACUGCGGUAUCAGCCGCGUCGCAUAAUCAACACACUCACCCUACCAGAGCCGCGGCCAUCGAUGCCUCCACCAUCCAAGGCAAGUGGCUCUUUGGCUACCAAGGCUGGUUCCGCAAGCCAGGCGCUGGCGUAAACAACCACUGGUCCGCUGAUGGCAACACGCCAGGACCCAAUAACAUUGAGAUUGACUUCAUCCCAGACGUCAGCCAAUAUCCGGCCAACUGCCUCUUCAACACGCAGCUCACGCUGCCAAAUGGCCAACCAGCCCAGCUCUAUGACAGCUCUUGCGCGGGUGUUGUCGACCUGCACUUCAAGUGGAUGCAGCAGUACGGCCUUGACGGCGUGAUUGUGCAAAGGUUCCUAGGGUCUGUCGGCGACCAGUCCUUUACCACGGUCCUGAAUCAAGUCCAAGCAGCAGCUGAAAAGUAUGGCCUCGGCUUCAUCGUCGAAUACGACGUCUCCGGCGCCGAUUCGUCUCAAGGCAGCGUCGCUACCGCAGUGCUAAACGACUACAACGCCAACAUCAAGAAAUACACCACAUCGUCAGCCUACAUCCACCAAAACGGCAAGCCCGUCACCAUGGUCUUUGGAAUCGGCUUCUCUGGAUUCAAAGUCACUGCCGCCGACAGCAUCAACAUUGCCUCUCAGCUCCAAUCUGCCGGCCUGUACGUCGGCUUCGGCGUGCCUGAGCAGUGGUCUGGCGAUGUCACCGGCAACACGGGCUUCGUCCAGGCUUAUAAGCAGGCAGACUUUAUCAGCCCUUGGACUGUGGGAGGCUACAGCGAUGCCGGCUACGCAGGCUUCCACACCUCUACCCAGGUUCCAGACGCGCAGCUGUUGAAGUCGCUCGGCAAGCAAUACGCACCUGUUAUUUUCCCCGGCACCUCUGCCUUGCAUCUCAACGGCGGCAACAACCCAUCAGCAUUCGACUACUUCCCUCGAUACAACGGCUCUUUCUACUCUGCACAGGCAGAUGCUCUUACCACCAUGGCCAACAAGCCUUUGUUCAUCUUUAGUGCCAUGUUUGACGAAGUCAACGAAGGCACUCAAAUCAUGCCAUCUCUCAAGACCAAUCAGCUGCCCACCAACCAGAAGUUUGUGGGCUACGACAACAACUUUGACGACACAAGCUUCUACCUGGAGCUGGCUGGGAAGAAGGCCGCUGCCUUCCACGCUGCGUAGCAAGGAUUACACGGCAUCAGGGUAAAAAACAACGUAUGAUACCUUUUAUCUCGAGUACAUAUCAAUAAAGUGAAAUGAGUAAUGAAAAAGUGUCCAAGCUCAGCCUGCCUGUAAUUAAACUACCAAGAUGAAAUAAAGAAAGCAACAGAUUGCGAGAUCCGAUACAACGAUGCCGACUACGUGAUUCAACCACGAAUGUAAAACUGCCGUACCAUCGACUUGCUACAUGUAGCAAACUACUAACAUGACCCCAGCUUCUCCGUGUUUUCCCUUUCGCCUCGAUCCCCUCUACAUACCUAGGCGUUGCUUUUCAUUCUUCCGCCGCAUUUUCUUCUCAAUCACAGCUACACAACUUCUCCCUCUCAUAACCGAGGCUUCCCGGCAGAUCAAGCUUAAAAUCCCAACGUCAUCACCCCAAACCAGCAUCAACAAACACCAUCAU